CCGGCACCCCCGCUCUGCGGGCAGGGCGCGCUGCCCGGAGCAGCUCCAGCGCCGAUGGAAGAUCGGGGCCGCAACGGGAGGGAGACAGAAAGGGGGAGACAGCGGCGGCGGCGCCGCCCUCUGGAGAGCGCCUGGGAGAGGCUGGUGUGAAGAGCCGCAUUUCAAUGAGGGCCGGGCUAAUGCAAAUCACUGCAACCGGCAGCAGCAGAAGAAAGGCGAAGCAGCUGCAGCCCGGGCUCCCCAGCAGCGCGCUACAGCCAGGGGAGGCGUAACAAAGGCAGCGGAGCCGCUUUCUGCGGCAACUACUGCGCCUGCAGCCGGGUGGUCGCCGGGGGGAGGGGGGAGCUCCUUGGCCGCUUUCCAUUCCGAGCCGCCGCCUUCCCUCCGCGCCCCGCCGGCAGGUCUGAGCGAGGAGGUGCCCGCCAGGCUGCGGAGAACAGGUUGAACUUCAAGAUGUCCCUUGGGAGAGAUAUGGAGCUGGAGCAUUUUGAUGAGCGUGAUAAAGCACAGAGAUAUGGCAGAGGGUCCCGGGUAAAUGGUCUACCCAGCCCUACUCACAGUGCCCACUGCAGCUUUUACCGAACCCGUACUCUACAGACCCUGAGUUCUGAGAAAAAAGCCAAGAAAGUUCGUUUCUAUCGUAAUGGAGACCGGUAUUUCAAAGGGAUUGUAUAUGCCAUCUCCCCUGACCGGUUUAGAUCCUUUGAAGCUCUCCUGGCUGAUCUGACCCGAACUCUGUCUGACAAUGUGAAUCUGCCCCAGGGAGUGAGAACAAUCUACACAAUUGAUGGCUCCAAGAAGAUUACCUCCUUGGACCAGCUAGUAGAAGGAGAAAGUUAUGUAUGUGGUUCCAUAGAACCCUUCAAGAAACUGGAGUACACGAAGAAUGUAAACCCAAACUGGUCAGUGAAUGUUAAGACAACUUCUACUUCUCGUUCAGUGCCAUCUCUUGCCACUGCUAAAGGAGGUGCUCCAGAUGCAAAAGAGAAUAAGGAUUUCAUUAGGCCUAAACUAGUCACUAUCAUCAGGAGUGGAGUGAAGCCACGGAAAGCAGUCCGGAUUCUGCUCAACAAGAAGACAGCACAUUCAUUUGAACAGGUUCUUACUGAUAUAACUGAUGCCAUCAAGCUGGAUUCGGGAGUGGUUAAACGCUUAUACACGCUAGAUGGAAAACAGGUGAUGUGCCUUCAGGAUUUUUUUGGUGAUGAUGACAUUUUUAUUGCAUGUGGACCAGAAAAGUUCCGUUACCAGGAUGACUUCUUGUUGGAUGAAAGUGAAUGUCGGGUGGUGAAAUCCACUUCCUAUACAAAAAUAGCAUCGACUUCACGUAGGAGCACCACCAAGAGCCCAGGCCCAUCCCGACGCAGCAAGUCUCCAGCUUCAACUAGCUCAGUAAAUGGAACCCCUGGUAGCCAGCUUUCUACUCCCCGCUCUGGGAAGUCUCCAAGCCCAUCUCCCACCAGCCCAGGAAGCCUACGGAAACAGAGGGACCUGUAUCGCCCACUCUCUUCGGAUGAUAUGGAUUCAGUAGGAGACUCAGUGUAAAAGAGAAAAUGGAACAAUGUUUAUGGUUUGUGAUUUGAUGAAGGUUUAACAUUUUUAAAGAAAAUAGCUGCUAAUUUACAGUAAUAGUGAAUCGCACAAAAGAGUUUUGCAUAUUUAAUAUUAACAACAUGGGGCCAAAUUAAUUCCAGUCUGUGGGGGUAUUUUUGGCUUUACCACUGCAUUUUAAUGCAAGAAUUUGUAAUGAAUGAGCCAUUGAAUAUGUCCGUCAAAUCCAGAACAGCAUUGUGCACACUUUAAGGAAGAAGGUGAAUAUAACGCACAAAUCCAUAGUGGGCACAGUUAUGAAUAGGGCUAUUUUUAUCAUCUAAGGUACUGAUUAUAUGUUCUGUUUUUACCAUAGGUAUCUUUAUUCAUUUUGGUAUGAACAGUUAAUGAAUACUUUGCUUUUACUAACGAAUAGGUAAAAUGCAGAAAAGAAAAAACCUGCCAUAUUAAACUGCUUGCACCACGCUGUCUGAUCUCAACAUGCACAUUUGGAACACUCUAAGUUUAGUCUUUUUAUCUAAAUGAAAAGAAAGUGAAGAAAUCCUGUGUGGUAACAGGACAAAAGUAAAUGCUUUCAAAGCAGCGUUCAAAUUCUCUUCACUGCCUUACCAUCUGAUAACUGUAAACAGAAGGGUGUUCACAGGCAAUAUGAAUGUUUUACCUGGCAAGAGCUGUUAAUGCUGAUCAUCCAUGUGUUGCAAGUAAAUAUGGACAUAUUUCUGAUCGAGAAAGUAUGGGGCCCUGAUUGCUAGCAGUGUCAUCUGACAUACAUAUACACCUUUCGGGGAAAUACAUUUUGCCUGAGAAACUAGUGAUUAUUUUCCCUUAUGUUAAAAAUGGGAGCAUGAUUUUGUAUUUGCUAUAAUAAGACAUUUUAUGCAUUUUAAAAUGAAAGCCUAUAGAAAUGGUGGUAUUAUAAAUCAUCCUCCUAUUGACCUAAUUCCUGCGCUUUCACAAUUUCUAGAGGUGGUCAUUUUGUACAGCAUGAAUAUGCAAAACUCCUUUAGUGUUAAAGUAGGUCACGCAUUAUAACCAGUUGCUUAACAAAUACCUACUAAUUUUUAUUUGUUUUCUGCUGCUUUAUUGUGAGAAUCUUAGUCUACUUAAUUUAUGUAAUAAUAGCAAUAUUUUCCAUUGUAUGUUAUAUUUAAGCCCAUAGUGUAGUGAUCAUACAAGUUUGCAGUCUUAUACCUUUCCUUCCAUUUUCUCAAAUACUAAUGAUUUAAGAAUUAGAAAUCAGUGUAAUUCUGACUCUCAACAAAAAUCUAUAGAGAUUAUAUUUUUGAGCUACUUAGUGAUGAUUUAAUAUAUUUUGAAAUCAGGAAAAUUUACUUAAUUGCAGAAAAUGCUUAACUACCACAUGCCAACUUUUAAAUGUAGUUAAAUAAUUCCUCUACGCUGAUUUAAUAAAAUAAAAUAAUAAAAUUCAGUGGAUGGAAAAUAUUGGCAUGUGAUGUUAUGGCUUCACUAUAUCAAUACAAUUUUAUUUGUGGAGGAUAUUUGCAAAGAGAAAUAAAAGGGCAGCAGAAUACAAAACUUACCUUCUCUGUUUUCAACACUUAAUUCCAGUAUCACCUGAAGAGAAAAUCAUUGAUCUGGCAGGUUUGUUGGAGCAGUUAGGUCAUUCCUUUUUGAAAUGCAUGUUUUGUCAUUCCUGCUUCAGACUUCAACCUAAAACUGUUCCCAGCCAUGAGAACAGUACGUCCCCUGCCCCAUACCUUAAUCCUAAGGUUGUUCUGUUCUACUGCAAAAGUUCAUAGCUGUGAAGUUACUUGCAUUUUCAGCUGUUGCGAGGGUAUGUCUUUAUAAAAUGUUUUAUUGAUCCCAAGAAAUGCAUAUUAUGUAAAGGUGUAUUGGGAUCAGUUUCCAAAACUUCAGGCAACUCCAACAGAUUGAAUGAAAUACGUACUGAUGGUUUGAAAAUUGUUUUUUCCUGCAAAGAAAAUAAAUUCCAGGAAUUUUGUUUUUCCUCCCCUCUCCCAUAUAGGCUGCUGCUGCUUAAGGCAGUUUAUUAAGAAUGUUUGUUCUGCACAGGGAGCACAGAUUGCCAGCAAACCUGAAUCCCAUGGCUUUGCUUAGCUGUGGAAAAGAAAAAUGGACCUUAUAUCAGUAAUUGUUAUCAUAGCGAGUUCUCCAUCAAGACUGUUUUAAAAAAGAAUAUGCUAGUCCAUAGCAUUUAAUCAUUUCAACAUAUGACUUAUAUUAAGGGGCUAUUCAGGGGCAAUACGUAUCAUUAAUAUUUCAUUUAAGGAAUUAAAGUCCCUUGGAGAUUGAAAAGGUACACUGUUUAUAGACUUUGAGAUCCUUUUUGUGUGGAAUGUAAUUCCCAUUAUACAUGAGCAGAAAUGAAAUGUUUCUUUUGAGCAAGACCAGAAGGUUUCACUUUAUGGGUGAAACUGAAAUUGUGUUUCUUGAUGCUGUAGUUCUACUUGCAACAGCACAGGUUUUAGUUUGUCCCUAGAUUUCAUCAACUGCAUUGAAUAACAGAAUACCUUAAGCAACUUUAUAGUGUUUGAACCUCUGAUAGUUCUCUAUGCUGCAUUAUUUGUGCCUACUCUAAGGUGAUUAUGAUGUAGCUAAAGAGUCUUGUAUAGAUUGUGAAUGCUUUGCUUCUCUUUGAGCUUUAUGAAUACUUGUGAUUAUUUCCCUAAUGCUUUCUGCAACUUUCUGUUUUGGUUUUUUAAAAUCUCUUUACUUCUUUUAUGCAACAAGCAGUUCACGUGUGAAGCACAGAAUGUGUGUGUUUAUAUUUACGUACACACUUAUAUAGAUUAAUGGCUUUGAAAUCCAUGUGCAGUUAUGUCACAUUCGUGGCUUUAAACAAAUAAGUGGGGAAAAUGUUGCUAAUGGGAGGACGCUCAUCUAGUGGGAUUCACUACAGCUCUGUUAAAGUCAGUGGAGCUGCACCAACCAGUACCUGCUGAGCAGCUCUCUUGAAGAAGUCUGUACAAUUUUAAAAGAUCACAUCUACAGAAAAGAGCUAAGUUCAAACUGAGCAGAAGUUGGUGGCAAAACCGCCAUUGACUCCGAGGUAGGAAGGAUAGGACCUUAUGCACAAAUACACACACACAGACAAAACAUUAAUCCUAAAUUUGAAAAGGUAUUAUUUUGACAUGUUCAGUCUUAUGCCUCCUCUUGAACCACAUUGUUCUGCAGUAUAUUAAGUCAUGCAACAUUAGAAUUUCUUUUGUUAAAAUCAGUAAAUCUUUAACAUUCAUUAUGCAAUGUGAAAAUUGCUUUCCAGUUUGUAAAAUAAUUCAGCAACAACACAUUAUAUUUAGUUAUUUUUCUCUUCAAACCACUUUUGCAGGGCAUAUUUAGCUGAAAGAUGAAAAUUCUGGGGUGUUAAUAUUGUGGCUAUAAAUGUAUAUUAUAAGAAAGUAUAUAUGGUAUUCAACAGCCUUGGAGAACAACUGGGGUGAGAUUGUGUGGCAUAACAAUUGAGAUAAAUAAUAGUGUUUUCUUUUGCAGUUUCAAAAUCCAGACUGCAGUGUGAACUUUAUAUAGUGCAGCAUGGUACAAAAAUGUCUGCACUCUGAAUGUUAAAAUGAAUUAACAAUAAUAUAGAAAAGAACCUCUGAUCAACCCAAGUUUACUGUUUUGUCAAAAAUAGUAGGGAAAUGAACAGACAAAAAAAUCUUCAUGGUGCUAAAUUACCUCAUUACUUGAUGAAUACUUAGAUUAAUGUUAUCUGUGCUUUUUCUUGUAUCCAAUUAAUAGAGUGCAACAGAGUACAAGAUUGUUCUUUAUUUAAUCUUCACUUUCAGUUUUAUCUGUUAGUGACAGGAUGAGAGCUUGUAACUAUGAGUGAUGAAAAAUAUCGUUAUGUAACACAGCCAGCAGUAAGUAGCCUUACAUGCAGAGCAAAGCAAGCAAGUGGUUAUCACACUCUUUGGAAAUGGGUGUGCUGUACCCAGGAAACCCCUCCAUUCAGAAAGCAGGGGUUGCUGAGCAGACCAGGGACUAUUCUGAGCUGUGUUUGCUGUCAUAACGUGAUUCCUCUGGCUCAGUUUGCUUCUUUUCACCUGGGACCUGAUCUCAGACAGGCUGAGCGCCCUAACUCCCUGCAGAAGGCAAUGGGUAUGUAGAUAUAUGUGUUGUGUACGCACACAUUAGCAAAGAGUGGAAAACACACACAGUGCACACAUACAUAUUCGUAUGCAUUUUAGUAUCUGUAUUUGCCCAUGUUCAUUAUAUUUGAAUUUGCUUAAAUUAACCCUCAGCAGUGAAGUAUGAAAAAAGCUGUACUGUAUUCAGUGUGUACUUGUUGUCUGAUGUUAUAUGGGGUAAUUAGCUUGUAGUUUGCCCUGCAAUACAGUGUUUUGGAAUUUGGACUCUAGUGAAAGAGGAGCUAACAAUGUUUGUGCUAAGGCCUCUUCAUUUUCUUAGUUGCACUAUAAUAUUGUAAAUAUUGGCACAUUUGCAACGUAAGUUUAAGAUUUUACGAAGUUAUGCAUACAAUUAUUUUUUUUAAUGAAAAGUGCUUGGAUAUUUGCUUUUAAAAAUGUACCAUUUUUGUAUUAAUGUGAUGCAGGAAACCAAAAAGAAAGCUGUUGAUUUAUCAACAAAAAAAUGUAAAACUUGCAAAAAUAAAUGCUGAUAAAUGUUUUAUUUCUUAUAAUCAGCUGAAGAAAAUCACCUUCAUUUUUGUGCCAUUGUUUCAUCAUACUGUAUUGUACUUGUGUUUCAUAUUUGACCAUGUCAUCCUGGUUUCAAUUUGUUGUUUCACUAGAUUUAACAUUACUGUAGGUUAUUGUAAGUGAUGUAAUAAAUAUAUUUAAAAAAUACA